UGAGACAGAAAUGUCUUUCCUCGGUCUCUUAACUUCUAGAAACUUACUUAGUCACCCUUUCCACUCUGCCCUCACAGGUGGGCUUCUUUUUCUUUGUCUACUUGUCAAUAUGACCAUUAUCGCCAGUCCCACUCCAACUCCCCUGUCCAUCCUCAUCACGUCCACAGCAGAACCUUUAUCUUCUCUGCCUGCUGAGGGGGCCUCAUAUUUACAACAGCCUCCAAAGGCAAAAGCUGUGGAAGGGGAGGAUGUGGUGUUGCCCUGUUUUUUAAAGAGUGAUGUGGAUGAAGUGCAGGCUGUGGAGAAGGUGAAGUGGUAUGUGCAGAGUUUGGAGGGAAGGAAGAAUGUUCUACAAGGCAACGAGACGGCGGAGGAUGAGUUUGCUGGCCGUGUGUUUUUGUCUGGUGAUCUGUCUGAGGGCGAUCUAUCCAUGACACUAAGGAAUAUUUCGGUGGAGGAUCAAGGCCUGUAUUUGUGUGCCUUCAUAUCAACACGCUCGACUGUUCUUCAGGGAGGCGGGACCAAACUCAGCAUCCGCAAAGGGCUGGGUGUGAUUGAAGAGUCGGUGGGCACUAUAAUUGGCAUCGUUGUGGCAGUUGUUGGCGUGGCAGUGGGGCUGGUUGCUGUGAUAUUGACUCAGUUCAAGGACAAACUGAACUGCCUGCAGAAAUGAGACGCGAGCGACAGCUUUGGAGCUUGGAGGUUAAAAGUGUGGUGAGGCUACGGUAAAGGCUAAAGGUAAAAGUGUACAAACACACAUACGCUCAUGCUGCCAAGAACUGACCGCAGUGCAUGAGAGAAUGACUUAACUGAACGGUGAGGCAUUUAGCUCACCCCAUAUUCUGAAUUAUAAUAUAUACGAUUACAUAGACAAAUAGAUCCGGUGACCCUCCUCGAACACAUACCCACCCCAUCAGAUCUAACAAUGAUGAAAAAGAGCAGCUGAGUUAUGAACUGAGCUCUGUCAAUGUUCAAAACCAUCCCAUGCAAAAUGAUAUUUGCAUACUUGCUUUUGCUUUUUAUUGAUCUAUAUGCAUGCACAUAUGUUUUCAGAAUUGCAAGUCUUUUAAUAGUAUCAUAACAACAUAUGAUAGAUGUUGUUUAGUAGACACUGAUGUAAGUCCUUUGCAUACCUCAGGUGGAGCAGAUGGACUGUUGAGUGGAUAGAAUGUUUACCAGAGGCCAUUAUGAAGUUAUAUCAAUCAGAAACUGAUCUUGUAUCAGCACUCAACACAGAAUACAUUUCCUCUCAAGAGAGGCCUGAUCUCAACACCCGUGCUGUGCUUCAGUAUUCUGUUUUGAUUAAAGAAUCUAAUUGCAAAGUUCUUCAUUUUCACCUGCAUGCCUUUUGUAAGACCCAGCAGGGCCUUCGCUUCAGAAAUAGCCGGUUGUGAACUGGUUUGUGAUUGUGUGAUUUCGUCCCGUGGGCUUAGGUUUGUUUUCUGUGAAAAUCACCAUCUCUCCUUCUGACACAAAUAAACAAGUUUUAUUAUUCAAAGUGUCUCUGGUGACUUCCC